AUGGCUCCACAGUUGCAAAAACUCACACCCGAACAAGUUCGAGCUCUUGAUCCGAAUGAGCCUCCCGUGAUUGAAGUUUUAAAUCAGGGACAAAGUUUCUUCUCUAAUAUGAAAGUACAUUAUUGUGAUGUACAUCCGGUCAAGUCUUGGGUGGUUUUUGCAGAUAAGAGAGGCUCAGUCUAUUUAUUUGAUUACGUUCAAAAUGAUUUGUUGCACACCUUUUCGCUGAAUUCAAUGUUUGAGAGUAAGAAGGAGGAAACAAAUUUAUAUCGGACUCUUGAUAAGAAUUUUAAAAACGUACAACUUCCGUAUUGGUACGAUGAGGAAUUAUUUACAAAGAAUGAAAAGUUUGGAGAUUUGAAAUCGGUGAGAUUCUAUGAUGAACACGUUCAGUAUUGGAAGCUCAGACAAUUAAAUUCCAUGAUGGGAGCUGACUCUAAUCAACAACAACAAGUACAGAUACCAACAUCAACCCGAACAAUCGAUGAUGACGAGGAUAGGUCCAGAAUGGUCGGAGUGAAUGGAAAUGUUAUUGGUGGAAAUUUUGUAAAUGAUCGACCUCCAAAAUGUUUGGUUCUUCAAACAGAUUCUAGAAUCAUCAUGUUGAGAUAUGAUGAGGUGAGCUCUCUGCUAUUCUUUUUUGAUGAUGUCAAGUCGAGUCAAUUGGACAAUAAGACCAUUACUUGCUUUGACUUUUUAUAUCGGCAACCUGUUAUAGCAAUAGGGUGCAGCGAUGGAUCUGUUAGAUUCUGGGAUUUUCAACAAAGGAGAGUACUCAACAAGGUGAUUAAUGCUCAUCCAAAAAGUGUGUCACAUAUUUUGACGGUUCCCAAGGAGGACCCUUUUAGCAAGUAUCCUGGACUUGUUACUUGCUCUACCGACGGACAUUUAUCACUUUGGAACUUGGACAAUGAUAAAGCUGAAUAUACAGAACAAAAAUGUCAGCAGGGCAUUUCAAGCAUUAUUCUAGAUCCUCAUACUGGAUAUUUAAUAACUGCUGGUAAUGAUAAGACAAUUGCAUUGAGAGGUCUAAACUCUGGUAAGAUCAUCAAACAAACCAAAACAAAAGUACCAAUGAAAAACUUGGCGAUGGUCACAACAUGCAACUGCAAUCCUUCGUGGCUUCUAAUGUUAGAAAAUAAGAAACAAAAGAGAAGUCUUUUCAGAAUGUCAGCCGCUUUGAACACAGAUCCCGUCAUUUUUGACAAGUCCAUUGUGGACGUGGAGGCUCUUGCGUCCUCUCAUCACAAGGAUGCCAAGUUCUAUACCAUCCAUCAACAUCCACUGAACCAUGAUAUAAUUUUCUUGGGAACCAGUUUUGGAUUAUUGAUGACGAAAAUGGAUUUUAAUAGAAAACCUCCCGUUUGCUCUGGAUUUUUCAGACCAGAAUUAUUUAGCGCCCCUCUCAUUGAACAAACUUCGCCACCCUUGGACCCAUCUCUUUUUAACAUUGAGGUUCAUGAAGACAAAAGAAAAUUUGUCUUGUAUGUGAGAGAAAAAACAAUUUAUCAGAGAUUUAUUGAAACCAAUUCUGAUGGCAAGAAGGAUCUUUCAAACGAAAAACCUGUACAUAACUUGGGAAAAUUAACAAAUGUUAAAUUAGACGUGAGUUACAGUGGAAGAUAUGUUUCAGUAUUAGUGGAGAGUGAACGAGAGUAUUUCAUUUAUGACAUUUUUGGUAAGGAUGCCUGGAAAAUUGUUGCAUCUGAGAGAGACUGCUCACACAUUGUUUGGAGCUCCUCUAGUGAUACGUUUGCCAUUCUAAAAGGAGGAUUUACAACCAAAAAGGUCUCGAUUAAGAAAAUUGAAAAUUCAAGUGUCAAGCUUGUUCAUGAUAGUAUCCCAACAUUUGGCGGUAGUAUCGAUGAAAUUUUCGGUGGAUUGUUGUUAGGUGUAAGAUAUACGAAUUAUCCUGAUGAGAACGGUUACCAAUUGUUUACAUGGGAGGGUUCUGAUGCUUUUGGACAAGAAUCACCUGAACCCUAUCUACCAAAACCUUCGUUUGUUGCUUGGGACCCACUCUCUGGAAAAUGUUUAAUGGCCUAUUCAGACUCUUACGCUAUCUUUUCAUGUCAUCCAAUUUUCAAGAUGGAGUACUAUGUUGAAGAAAAAAUUCAAAACGCUUUUUGGUGGAAUUCUACAUUAUUUGUAAACACAGAACAUGAUAUUAAGGCAGUUUUCGUCACAAGUGGAAAAAUAUUUACUACUGUAUUAGCAAGUCUAGACGUUGCCAUUUAUUCACAAAUUUCCCAAAAAACCCUUCUCGACGAGCAAAAUAGUUUAGAUCCAAUUCCAUUACCAAAACCCAAAGGUGUUAUUUCAUUUAUGGAUGUUGUUGGAGACAAUCUCUAUGUAUUGGAUUAUUUAUCACAAAUUUACAGCAUUAACAAUAUCUCUAUUACUCCAAGUAUCAAAUUUAGAAUGUUGGUUGCUGCUGGAUUAACAAAGAAGGCCAUGGAAUGGAUACCAUUCAUUGCCCAAGAAAUCCAUGACUAUUUAGCUGACUUCUUGUGUGCUUUUGGAUACACAAAAGAAGCUUGUUCCAUCGAUUCUUUAUCUUCCUACAAGAGAUUGCUGCUCUGCUAUGAACAUGGCCAUAUUAAAUAUGGAUUGGAUGCGUUGACCUAUUUGGAUGAUCAUAGAUACUUCUUUAAAACAGAUAAUAUACACUCGUCAAGCAAGACACACGAGGAUGAUAUUGAUCUUGCUCGACUGUAUGUGAGACUUGGAUCCGUCGGAGAAAAGAAAUUGGAUACCUUUACAACUACCUCACCUCACUACAAUAAUCAUUUAUUACGGCCUGCUACAACAGAGGAAGAAGUUACAACCUCUAAUCCACAGGAUGAGCAGGAUCAUGAAUUGACACGUCAAGAGGCUCUAAACAUUAUUGAACAGAGUUAUCGUAGGGCCUCAGUACUCGAUCCAAGCACGUUGACGCACCUCAUCAUCUUUUGUUCGAAAUAUUUCCCUGAAAAGUUGGACGACAUUCGAAAUGACAUCAACACCAAGAUGGAAUCAGCUUCUGAAGAUGAACAAGUCAUAUACAGACAAUCACUAACUAUGCUCGCACUGGUAACUAAAGAUUUUGGAAUGGCCACCACAUUGUUUGAACAAUCUAACAAGUUCAGCCAGGCUGCCACCUUGGACAACUCUCUUGUUCACAAAUGGUCAGAAUAUUUGAAUUCCAAACCAAACGCUUUACCUGUGAAUAUUCUUCAAUAA